AUGCUUCGCAUCCGCUCAAAUCUUCUGUGCCGGCGGUCGCUUACGGUGCUCAAGCCGGCAGGAGCUACUCAUUUCCUCCAUACGACCUCUUCCGCCGCGAAGAAUGAGUCGGGUCCAGACAAUGCGGAGGCCAUGGAGCGUUCCACCAUCGCAGACUUGCUCUCUGGGAAUGCUACGGCCCGAAACAGCGCCGAGUACGUCGUGUCUCGCCUCGAUGAUCUUGUGAACUGGGGCCGCAAGAGCUCCAUCUGGCCUGUAUCCUUCGGUCUGGCCUGCUGUGCAGUCGAGAUGAUGCACUUUGCUGGUUCACGAUACGAUUGCGAGCGCAUGGGAAUGGUGUAUCGAGCUUCUCCACGCCAAGGAGACGUCAUGAUCGUGGCUGGAACCCUCACGAACAAGAUGGCGCCGGCCAUGCGUCGAAUCUACGACCAAAUGCCGGAACCACGCUACGUCGUGUCUAUGGGGAGCUGCGCGAAUGGAGGCGGCUACUACCACUACUCGUACGCCGUGGUGCGCGGCUGCAACCGUAUCGUCCCCGUGGACAUCUACGUGCCUGGUUACCCUCCCACAGCUGAGGCUCUUCUCUUCGGCCUGAUGCAGCUUCAGAAGAAGAUCAAGGGCAACAAGACGUUGCUGCUGAAGGUCAGGAAGUGA